AUGUGUCCUCCUCCAGCAAAGGUUAACACAAAAGGUGCACCAAAGAAACCGAUGAACAGAAACUCAAGGUCAACAAAGUGCGAUCCAUCUUAUUGGGAGUAUGUAGAUGCUUUUCAUUCUAUGCAAAAUAGCAAUUCGUCAGUGAGGCAUAAUGCAUCAUCUUCUGAGCAGCCCAAUCCAAGAAGGAUUAUGCCUAUGUUGGAUCAAUUUCAACCAUUUAUCCACGACUUCAUUCAUAACAUUGUUGAUGUCAAAGCUGAUGAAAACUAUGGAUAUCGGUCGGUUGCCGGUUUAUUAGGUAUGGGUGAAGACUCUUGGUCGGUGGUCCGCAACCAUCUGCUUAAAGAACUUGACAAAUUCUCAGAAGACUAUAUCAAGCUCUUUGGUGACUUUGGAUAA